UUUUUCGAUCUUGUAACCCCCCGAACACCCUUUAUUGGGGGUGAGGGCGUCUCAUUCGACGGUCUCCCAUUUUUUUUUUUUUUUUUUCCCUCAAAUGCUCGUCUUUCGCCCAGGAUUUCCCUUCCUAAAUUUAAUUUGCGCCUGGCUCCCUCCCCCCAGCCUUCGCCUGCCAAACCUGGGAGAUGGGGAGGGGUUCGGGAGUCGCGGAGUGCGUGUUGCUCGGAAACAGCGAACAGAGUAUCUGUCAGGCAAGAGCUGCUGUGAUGGUUUAUGAUGAUGCCAAUAAGAAGUGGGUGCCAGCUGGUGGCUCAACUGGGUUCAGCCGAGUUCACAUAUAUCACCACACAGGCAACAACACCUUCAGAGUGGUGGGCAGGAAGAUUCAGGACCAUCAGGUCGUGAUAAAUUGUGCCAUUCCUAAAGGGCUGAAGUACAAUCAAGCCACGCAGACCUUCCACCAGUGGCGGGAUGCUAGACAGGUGUAUGGUCUCAACUUUGGCAGCAAAGAGGAUGCCAAUGUCUUUGCAAGUGCCAUGAUGCAUGCCUUAGAAGUGCUGAAUUCACAGGAAACGGCUCAGAGCAAGGUUGCUGCUCCCCAGGACAGCACUAAUUUGCGAUGUAUUUUCUGUGGGCCAACAUUGCCUAGACAAAAUUCACAACUACCUACCCAAGUUCAAAAUGGCCCAUCGCAAGAAGAAUUGGAAAUUCAAAGAAGGCAACUCCAAGAGCAGCGACAGAAGGAGCUGGAGAGGGAAAGACUGGAGCGGGAGAGGCUGGAGAGGGAGAGGCUGGAGCGGGAGCGCCUGGAGCAGGAGCAGCUGGAGAGGGACAGACAGGAGCGGGAACGGCAGGACCGCCUGGACCGCCUGGAGCGGGAGAGGCAGGAGCGCGAGCGGCUGGAGAGGCUCGACCGAGAGCGGCAGGAGCGCGAGCGGCAGGAGCAGCUGGAAAGGGAGCAGCUGGAAUGGGAGCGAGAGCGGAGGAUGUCCAACGCCGCUGCCCCCGCCGCUGUGGAGACUCCUCUAAACUCUGUGCUGGGAGACUCCUCUGCUUCUGAGCCAGGCUUGCAGGCAGCCUCUCAGCCGGCCGAGACGCCAGCCCCGCCGGGCAUCGUCUUGGGACCGCCUGCACCUCCGCCCCCUCCUCCACUGCCACCGGGUCCUGCCCAGGCUUUAGCCUCACUUCCUCCUCCCCCAGGACCCCCUCCACCUCCUCCACUGCCAUCCUCAGGGCCUCCGCCGCCUCCUCCCCCACCCCCGCUUCCGAACCAAGCACCCCCCCCUCCUCCCCCGCCUCCCGCUCCUCCCCUCCCUGCAUCUGGAUUUUUUGCGGGAUCCAUGUCAGACGACAAUCGCCCAUUAACUGGACUGGCAGCUGCAAUUGCUGGAGCGAAACUUAGGAAAGUGUCACGGAUGGAGGAUGCCCCCUUCCCAGGUGGGGGGAAUGCCACUGGUGUGAAUUCAACCUCGUCCAAAACAGACACAGGUCGUGGAAAUGGACCCCUUCCUCUAGGGGGCAGUGGUUUAAUGGAAGAAAUGAGUGCCCUGCUGGCCAGGAGGAGAAGAAUUGCUGAAAAGGGAUCAACAAUAGAAACAGAACAAAAAGAGGACAAAAAUGAAGAUUCAGAGCCUGUAAUUUCUAAGGCCUCUUCAACAACUACACCUGAACCAACAAGAAAACCUUGGGAAAGAACAAAUACAAUGAAUGGCAGCAAGUCACCUGUUAUUUCCAGACGGGAUUCUCCAAGGAAAAAUCAGAUUGUUUUUGACAACAGGUCCUAUGAUUCAUUACACAGACCAAAAUCUGCACCCUCAUCCCAGCCCAGUGCCAACGGAGUCCAGACAGAGAUACUAGACUACGACAGAUUGAAGCAGGACAUUUUAGAUGAAAUGAGAAAAGAAUUAACAAAGCUAAAAGAAGAGCUCAUUGACGCAAUCAGGCAGGAACUGAGCAAGUCAAAUAGUGCAUAGAGAAACAAACUAAGGAGAGAUAGGACUUUAAUCUGGAGAAAGAAAGAAUAAAAAACAUCUACAAACAACAACUGUUAACAACAAACCCCUACAUUUUGUGAGCUGCGUAAGAAGAUGGAGACAAACAUUCGGAAGGAGGGAAAACCCAACGCACGUUAAAAGCCUUCAGACCUUGUCACUCUGGCGAUAAGCUGUUUCCGUCCCAGUUUCAGGAUGGAAGUGAGUCCUAUAAGCGUUCCUGUCACAGUGAUGCAGAAAAUCCUGGACCCGUCAGGCAAGACCACAGUGCAUUGAAAUAUUUUCAUGUCAAGAUGAAAUCGCACGUUUCCCACAAUCCAUUGCUAAAAUAAAGAGGAGAAAGGCUUAAGAAGUUUUUUUUUUUUUUUUUUUUUCCAGAGAGUGCUGAUGAAUUCAGCAAGUUACGCUAUUGUAUUGUAAACGUUUCUCUCAGGUUUGUCUUCCUAUCAUAUUAUUCCACGAAUAUUGAGAUCAGCCCUAUGCAGGUUAAGAUCAUCAGCUGUGGAACAAAUGGAAUUCUAUGUGCUUUCAAAGAGUGAUAUUUAUGAGAAAGUGUCUUAAAAAGGGUUUGUCCAGCUUGAGGAAUUUUAGAAUGAUAGGAAGUCUCUCGAGUUCGCCUUCAUGCAAUUUUGUAGAUUAAAACAUAAAAUUCGUCCAGAAUUUAAAGAUUUAGAUGCCUUCCUAAAUUGUUACAAUGCUUUACCAAAUCUAUGACUCCUACAUCACACAAACCAGUGGUCAAAUGUAAAACAGUAUAUUGUAGACUUACUGUAGGUUUUCAACCUUUUUUAGAUUUAUGCAUGUGGACAUUUUUAUAAUGUAAUUACAACUACCACAGAAGUAGCUUUUUUAACUGCAGACAGUAAUGCAUGUCACAGUAAUACGUAGUGGCCUUUUCAAGGCCUAGUCCCAGGGAAAUAAUUUUGUAACGUAUAGGGGAGUGGGUGGAAGGGAAGGAAUAAUUUUUUAUUUAAAGUUAUUUACUGCACUAUCAUUUUUCUCAAUUACCUGCAUGAAAAAUAAUGAGGACUCUUUUGUGACUUUAAUUGGUAAAUAUGUUAACAGAACCAACUACUUAAUCUUCGACGUCAUGUCGUCAGCUAUUUGUAUUUGAACUUUAGUAAUUUCAGUGGUCUGAAACAUGAUUCUGAGCUUCACAUGAAUUGUAGCUUCCUGUGGAACUCAAAAGUCCGAUCCCUGAAUUUGGCUGUUACCUAGGUGCCCUGCUUACACAAGUGUUCAGGUACAUGCUCCUGACUACAAAGCUGCUUUUGAACUUAGUUCUGUUGAAUUACAGGAAGUAGCAGUGAUCAGCAGUUAAGGUCACAGAAAUCAUUAUAAGGGGAAACCCAUGGUGGGGUUCUGCCUAGUUUUCUUUUAAUGAAUAAAGUGAGACUUAGGUGGUGGGAACAAGGAAUUUGAUGCUCUACUUAUUAUUGUGUAUGUGUGUGCGUGUUUGUGCACACACACGUGUGUAUGUAAUCCACUCUUUUCUUUGAAAUUUGUUAAGGUUAAAACAGGAGAAAUCCUUUAUGUCGCAAUGAUAGAUUUUUGGGGGGAAAAUUUAGGAAAUCGAAAAUUCUCCCAGCUCUCCAUCUUGACUUAUGCUUGAGUUGUUAUGUGCCAUAUUUGCUUUGAAACCUUUGAUUAUCAGAAGUUUUACUGAAAUUUUGAAGAAAUAAUCCAUUUUCAUCUGCUCUCUAGAUUUCUUACAUCUCAGUUCGUAAAGACAGCUUGUUGAUAGCAUAGUUUUCUAAAUGCUGCAAAUUUGUAGCUAUUAACCACUUCAGAGAGGUCUGAAUGAGGGAAUUUUUUUUCCUUGUUAAAAUAGUUCCUGUUUCUGUAGAAACUUCAUUUUUAGAUUACUCUGUGAUGGAUGAGCUAUCAUAAUUCAAGUAUAUAGUUCUUUUUUCUAUCAACUAUUUGUCAUGCAAAGUAGUAAAGGCAUUAAAGCUGCAACAAGCUUAUAAAGUACUGUUUUCUAAAAGAAAUAGGAGGCAUUUUCAUCUUUAUUAUUGUACUUUAGGUUAUGUAAACACUUCGGUGAUAUAAACGUUUAUGUCCCCUAUAAAUCUGGUCAGAAAUAACUUUUUGAUUUUGUUAGUUAAGUUAAAUAGUCUAUAGUAGGAUAGAGUACUCUGGGUACAAGUGGUCCAAAGUAAGAUAAGAGACUACAAUAAAAUGCUAGAUCUUGAAAAAAAAAAAAAAAAACUGGUUUAUGCACUAAACGUUUUGUGCCUUGGUCUUCUAUUAACAUGAUGUCUGUGUAAAAUGACAGAAGGAACCAGUGUUGAAUCAUGUUAUAUUUUCCAUCAUUUUGCAUUAUCCCAGAUUACUAAAUGUGUUCUUUCCGAGAAGUUUGAUUGAAUUACUGUAUACAUUUACUGUCGUACGUGACAGUUUUGUCAUUGUUAGAGAUUUCAGUAAUUAAAACGGGCAACAGAAGCUUAAGUUAUUUUCCUUAUCAGAACUAUGCUGGAGCCACGUUAUUAGGAUGGUUUUCGUGCUGUCGUACAUUGGAUGUCUUAAGCAGUUAAGGGGACCCUUUGCAACGACAGGAAGGUAAUUCUUUCCUCAACACUGUGAUAUGACCUGUGACAAAUCUGUACUAUACACUAUGUAAAUGGCUAACAAGUCAAUUGCAAACCAACUGAAUGUACAAAUCUUAGUGCUGGUGCUGGAAUCUCUUCAGAAUAGUCAUCCUGAUUUCAAAGUUAGUUUCGAAAUUUGCAGAUAUCAAGUGUCAAUCAAAACUGAAGAUGAAACCCUAAUGAAUGUUGACUCGUCAUGCUUUAGGUGUACUUCCUUUUUAGAGUUUUCCAUUCUCUGCUAUUUUUACCAUACUGUUUCAUUUAAAUUUCCUACACGCUAACUUCGUUUGUGCGAUUGAAAUAAAAUUGCAGUAUAUACA